AUGGACGCCACGAAUCGCAGCUCGAAUCAAUCAAUGCAAACGUCAGGCACGUCCACGCAAGCCCGUGACGUCAUCUCGUGGCACGCCUACACUAGCGGGCUAAAAGCUGGUACAGUCGCUGCUAUCGUAGCGGCCACGGGUGUCGCGACGGCCAACAAGUACUGGUCCACUUUUCGCAACCGUUUAGGCGUGAGUGGCAAAACAGCUCUUGUCGUGUCGCCCUUCUUGGCGGUUUUUACCGUCGUUGCCGAGAACCGUCUCGUACAUGGCGCCCGUAACCCAGACAUGUACUUGGCUACACUUCAAGGCACGUCGGACGUCAGGCCGAAGUCAGAGGCGUCGCAACUGAAGUUCUGGCAAAAGAGCGCCAAUGCACUGUACGACCAUCCGUACCGGGCUCUUGUUGCGGUGGGUGCACCUCUAGUAGGCGGGAUCUACGGCUACCAGUACCUGAAUAAGGGCAUCUCGGCCUCGCAGCAGAUCAUGCAUACCCGUAUUUACGGCCAAUCUUUGGUAGUCGUGUUGUUACUGGGGUCUAUGGCGUUUCACGACUUUAUGUCCAAGCGUGGGAAGUUCACGGUGGAAGACGAGGAGGACUAG